CGUCAGCCGGCCCUGGACCCAGGGCCGCUCUCCACCUGGUCGAGCUGGGCUGCCCUCGGCGCGUGCCUGCCAUGUCGCUGUGUCUGUCUGUCCGAAGCGGCGUGCCGGGGACGGCGGUGGCCUGUGGGGUCGAAGUGUGCGUGCGGGUCGUGCUGUUCGUGGCCUUCCUGGUGACCGAGCUGCUGCCCCCCUUCCAGAGGCGCAUCCAGCCGGAGGAGAUGUGGCUGUACCGGAACCCGUACGUGGAGGCGGAGUACUUCCCUGCCGCGCCGACCUUUGUCAUCGCGUUUCUCUCUCCGCUGUCUCUCAUCUUCCUGGCCAAGGUUUUCAAGAAGGCUGACGCCACAGACAGCAAACGAGCCUGCCUAGCAGCCACCCUUGCCCUCGCCCUGAAUGGUGUCUUUACCAACACAAUAAAGCUGAUAGUGGGGAGGCCACGCCCAGAUUUCUUCUACCGCUGUUUCCCAGAUGGGCUAGCCCACCCUGAGUUGAUAUGCACAGGGGAUAAGGACGUGGUCAAUGAGGGCCGCAAGAGCUUCCCUAGUGGACAUUCUUCCUUUGCGUUUGCUGGCCUGGCCUUUGCCUCCUUCUACCUUGCAGGGAAGUUACACUGCUUCACACCACAAGGGCGCGGGAAAUCUUGGAGGUUUUGUGCCUUUCUGUCACCUCUCUUUUUUGCAUCUAUAAUUGCUCUGUCCCGCACCUGUGACUACAAGCACCACUGGCAAGAUGUAUUAGUUGGGUCCAUGAUUGGAAUGACCCUUGCCUAUGUGUGCUACAGGCAGUAUUACCCUCCUCUGACUGAUGUGGAAUGUGAUAAACCACUUCAGGAAAAACACAUGCUUCCCACUGCUCAGAAGAAACCUGGUAUUCCUUACUGUAUGGAUAUUUAAAAGUCGAAUUUAUCUCAGUGGAGAACAAAUGAAUCACCCCUCCUAACAAACAUACACAAGACAGGAAUUUCUGGCCUUUUAACUCCUUCCAAGGUACAGAUGAUAUUGGGCCUUCUGUUAUGCACUUUGCCCUACUUCACAUGGAUCUAUCAUGAAGACUCCAGGCCAUUCUCCACCUCUGAACGCGUCUCCAGCGUCUGGUCCAUCAGACUGGCAUCCCCAAAUCCUGUUUUUCCAUUUAAUCUCAAUGCUUGCUCUUUGAAGCAUCUUUCCACAAAACAGACUACAUAGCACCACUUUAUCCUAGAAGCUGGAGUUAAAAAUCACUGAAACGUAACUUGAAGUCUUAAACUCUGGGGCCUAAUCAACUGAAGUUUGAAUUUUUUUACUUUCUCUAGUGAAAAUUCUAUCAAGCUUUAAGGGAGAAAAUGUCCAAUUUUGGUUGAUGCUCCACUGCUGAACCUAUGUUAUCAAGUCCAGACAUCUGAUACUGUUUUCCAUUUUGUUGAAUUACCAUGAGAACAUAGUAAAAAAGAAAAUGGUGAGGACUGUGAUUUCAGCACUCCCAGGUAAUUCUACCUCAUUUGUCUCCGAACUGUGCUCAAGCAUUUCUUGCCAGAGUCAACUCUGCCAGCUGACCAUUUGUUAUGUGGAGACUCUGAGCAUCUUUUCCUGUCUUCUCCUACGGAACACCUGUGUUACAUUAUGAGAGCACUACUGUAGGAUCUAUCACUGCCUUUCUCUUUUGGAACUAUACUUUAAAUAUGAUUUUGUCUUACGCUUAUCUUUCUACAGGAUACGUUCCAUGCAUUUUCUUCUUUAAGUCAACAUGAUAUUCAAAUAAAUGGUGAAUAUUACUUUUUGUUU